AUGGGUAAUGAGACCACGAAUCAAAACACUCGACAGGCCAACCAAGCUUGGAGAAAAAAGCCGCGGAAAUUUGCCCCAAAGUCGAGAUUGGGCUGCAAAACUUGCAAAAUUAGACGGGUAAAAUGCGACCUGUCUCGGCCUUUAUGUUCAAAAUGCCAAUCCACAGGCCGGACCUGCGACGGCUAUGGUGAACAAGGUUCCGCAGACAACAACAACAACAACAACGGAGCAAGCAGGAUCGACGGUCACCGCUCUACAGGAGACUGCUCUCCCUCGCAGAACCUCAGACCCUUGUUGAUUUUGCCUGCGACUGAUCCGUCCGAGGCGCUGGCCAUGGGGUUCUUCGAGCAAAUUUCAAUCGGGCAACUGAACGAAUACCAGCCAUGCGGAUUAUGGCGGAGCACCUUGAUGUUCUUUUCCCAGACGGUCCCGUCAGUGCGGCACGCGGCAACUGCUCUCAGCCUGAUGCAUCGACGAUACCUGGACUGCAGUGUCAGUAACAGCCUGCAAACCCCAGAGGACGAGCGAUGCCGGCCACGUGAAGCCUCCGCUUGGAGCCACUAUAGCCGGGCGAUCCAACUUCUCCUCGCACAAGAAACCGCCGACGGCAUCGAGACGACAGCCAUAACGCUGCUGGUCUGCUAUCUCCUCUUUUGCUUUGACCAUCUAUCCGGCGGAGACGUACAAGCCAUGAAGCAUUUACGCGGAGGCGUCGAGAUCUCGCGCGGCGUCCGCAAGGCCACGCCUCUGGGCAACGGUACACUCGAGAACACCGCACUGGCCGGCGCUCACGCUCUCAUCACGCAAGUCACGAGACAGAUCCGACGCCUCGACAUGCAGGCGGCUCUCUUCAUCAUCGAUUGGACCCCUGCCGACCUGCAGGACACACUUGUUUCGUCCCAGCCUCCUCUCCGCGGCGGCGUCUUUACAACUCUGGGCGACGCCGCUGACCAUCUUCAGGUCCUCGUGGCCCGGGCAAUGAAGAUAUACUGGACAGAGGAGCAGCCACUUCUCACGGCGGAUGCGACGCCAGACGCGCUCCAAAAGAGUGUCCUGCUCGGGCAGUUGCAGACUUGGUGGGCGCUGCUCCUCGACACACUACAAGCCACCAGCCAUGUCACGAGCCCGCACCAAAAGCUCGAGCCGUUGCUCCGCCUACAAUACACAAUCGUGACUACUCUUCUCAACAUCUCCGAGCCGGUCAGAGAGCUUGCCUAUGACAGAUUUCUCCCCGAGUUCCAGCAGUGCGUGGCGCUGGCAGGCGACGUGCACAACGCAUACUAUUCCAAGUCUGCAGGGCCUGCCUUUACCCCCGAGAUCGGGUUGCUUCCUGUUCUUUACAUAGUCGGGGUGAAAUGCCGGCACCCGGUCAUCCGACGCCGGGCCCUGAGCAUCUUGCGGCGUCAGCCGAUCCGGGAGGCUUUGUGGGAUAGCGUGUCUGCGGCCGCGGUGGUCGAGAGGGUCAUCAGUAUCGAAGAGGGAGACCGGCCUAGCAAUGGGAGGGGAAUGCAAGCCAUGGGAGACAUUGCCGCGUGGCAGAGGGUGGAAAACCUGUCUUGGAUGCAUUUUGGGAGGGCCGGGGCGCUGGACCGGGUGGAUAUCAGGUACAAGAUGUGCGGGAGGGAGGGAUGGCGCAGUGAAUCUCUUGCAAUUUGCUCACCAGAGACAGCGCAUCACUAG